CGCUCCUUGUCUCAACCGAUGCUGCAGUGUGACGGUGGGCGCCGCUCUUCACUAGGUUAAAGCGCACUUAGUUGGGGGGAUUUAUCCUCAAAACGUAUGCCUGUACAGAACGAUGGGAGGCGUGGUUAGGAUGUCUGGGGAGAGGCGAAUUCCGCCUUUGUUUGUGAGGAGAAGCGGCGGCGAGCGGGCGGCUGCUGAAUGGAUGUUCUGACAUUAAUAAGGUGGAAAUUAUCAAUGCUACAGGAACUGGAUGGUGACCAAAUUACACAUUUACCUUUAGCAGGGCCGUUUACGUAAACCUUUCUUGGCUUUAUGUUAUUGGCAGAGUGACCAUUUUGUCCUACUGGAACAUUUAACACAUUUCGCCUUCCAUAACUGACCAAGCCACAGGCAGCUAGCUAGAGCAUGUCUCUAACUGCGAAUUCCCAAGCUCUGCCAGACAAUAAGAAGCCUCCUGUUGAGAAGUCGUCAAAAGAAAAGAAUUUUCCAGCUCGCUGCUCCCUUUUAAAUAGGAAUGAAAAGAUUGUAAUUACAAGAAGUGACAGCUGUACAGAUGAAAAUGUAUUAAAAAUCACCAUCACAGAGACAACUGUCAUUGAAUCAAACUCUGGAGUUUGGAGUGUCAAAGCCAUGAUGUAUCUCAGCCUCUGGUAUUUUUUCAGCUUCUGUACACUCUUCCUCAACAAAUACAUCCUGACUUUGUUGGAAGGAGAACCAGGAGUGCUGGGUGCUGUUCAGAUACUUACAACCACUGUGAUUGGUUGUUUCAAAAUGUACGUCCCAUGUUGUUUGUAUCAGCACAAAACCCGAGCUGAAUAUCCAUCAAACUUCCUUAUGAUUAUGUUCUUUGUAGGAUUAAUGAGGUUUACUACAGUAGUUUUGGGACUGGUAAGCCUGAAAAAUGUAGCUGUUUCAUUUGCAGAAACUGUAAAAAGUUCAGCGCCAAUCUUCACCGUAAUUAUGUCUAGGCUUAUUCUGGGAGAAUACACAGGUUUAUGGGUUAAUAUGUCUUUAAUGCCUAUAAUGGGUGGAUUGGCGUUGUGUACUGUCACAGAAAUCAGCUUUAACAUGCUUGGCUUCUCAGCUGCUUUGUCCACCAAUAUCAUGGACUGUUUACAGAAUGUCUUCUCUAAAAAGCUGCUUAGUGGAGACAAAUAUAAAUUCUCACCGCCUGAACUGCAGUUCUACACCAGUGCUGCUGCCGUGGUAAUGCUAAUUCCGACAUGGAUUUUUCUUAUGGAUAUUCCAGCUCUUGGAAAGAGUGGACAAAGUUUCAGUUUUGACCAAGACAUUGUGAUGCUGCUCCUUAUUGAUGGAAUCUUAUUCCACAUUCAGAGUGUAACUGCAUAUGCUUUAAUGGGAAAGAUAUCACCUGUUACUUUCAGUGUUGCCAGCACUGUGAAGCAUGCCCUUUCAAUUUGGCUUAGUAUCAUCAUCUUCAGUAACAAGAUUACUGCAUAUUCUGCCGUUGGUACAGCUUUGGUCAUCACUGGAGUGUUUCUGUAUAACCGGGCUCGGCAAUAUCAACAAGAGAAAAUCCAGGCUUUGGUAUCUUGCAAUAAUAACGGACAGGAAGUUCUGCCUCUGCUGAACGAGGACCUUUAAUAAUCUCAAAGUAAACUCAUUUUAAAGAUUUUUUAAAAUUCCAAUUGUGAAAAUUUGUAAUUGUUUCUAAAAGAUGGCAUUUUGUUUCCUUAAAACUUUAAGAAACAACAAACAUCAACAACAUUCAUUGAUAUGCGUCUUUAACGUAAUAAAGCAUUCAAAGGCACUUCACAGGAGUGUUAAUUGAACAAAAUUUGACGCAGAGCCACAAGUUACUAGGGAAGGUUGGCCACAGACACAGGUUUUAUGGAGCAUUUUAAAGGAGGAAAGAUAGUGGUUUAGGGAGGAAACUUCAGAGGUUAAGGCCUUGGCGUUUGAAGGCAUGGCCACCAAUGGUGGAAUGAUUAAUGUUUACGGAGGGUGGAAUGUGAGAGGCUGGCCAGGAGUGCAUUGGACUAGUUAGGUCUAGAGGUAACAAAGGCAUGGAUUAAGAUUUCAGCAACAGAUGAGCUGAGGCAGGGGAAAGUUGGGUAAUGUUAGAGUUGGAAAUAAAGGGUCUUAGUGAUGGCAAGGAUAUGUGGUUGGAAGCUCAUCUCGGGGGCCAAGUAUGGCACCAAGACUGCGUUGAGCUUCAAUUGCCGGAGAGGGCAACAUGUUCGUGCAUUUGGUUAAUCAUCAGAGGAAUCUGUGAGGGACUGCUGACUAGUUUGUCCAUUGUAUCAAGCUAAAGGUUUCUUUUUUGCUUGAGCCAAACCAUAACUUUGAGAGACCAAGGAAAAUUAACUAUUCUUUCUGAUCUGUGUUUGGUCCAGAAAAUGUGCUCUUGUUUGUUAACAUUUAGUAGUUAACCUGUCCAGCUUAAUUUGCUGUUUGUUCAAUGAAAUGGGCACAGUACUCGACAGUUAAAUGUAUUGUUUGCUUCUUGCUUGAGAACAGUUAAUGAUUUUGUGCAUUAAUAUGCUUUUUUCUCACUAAAAUUAAGCACCCAGAAUUUGUUUAAAGCUGUAAUGAUGUGUGUAAUCAUUGAAGCUACUCCUCAGGGUUUUCUAGUUUGAACUGUUUCUGUCAAAUGCCAAACUUUCAAUGAAUGGAGAGUUUACAGUAUUGUGGUGUUUCAAGGAUUUGUAUUCAGAUUUGAACUAAGUUGAAUGAAACCAUCCAUGUGCUUUUGGUGUCCAGAACAGAGCUUUUAACAUGAAACAGAAAUUACUUGUUUACUAUGUAAAUCUAAACUUAGGGGGAAAGUUUGAAUAUGACGUAAUUAAUUAAUAUUUGAGUAUAUUUUGUGUGAAAGUACAACUGAAGAAAAAUCUGUCAACUGAGCUCAAUAUUAAAGAUUGCUGCUUUACCCAGGGCAAGUAACUGCUUUCCAGGCAACUAAACCUUGUCUAGUACUUGCUACUUAAGACACAAAUUGCCCUUCUUGACUAAGAAAUUACUUGAAGCUUUACAAAUUGAAACACAUUCUAUCCUUCCAAAUGCACUUUAAGGCUAAGGUAAACCACUAUUUUAAAAACCUAACUUUUUUGCCCUUGAGAAAGGCUUUCCUUGUCAAGAUCAUUUAUAAUUGUAUAUGGUUAAAUACUCUGUUUUUAAUUCAUUGUUCUAUCUAGAGCAGUAUUAUGGAAUCAAAAUCAAAAACCAGUGAUCUUAAUAACUGGAGUCCUCCUAUAUGAUUACUUGAGGUUUGGUUUUGAGUUUAUUUGAGCCGGUGUUAUUCCUUAUGUUUAUAGUGUUGAAGAGCAAUUUGUAUUUUUAAACUUGCACAAAACCAAAAUUAUCUUCCUAGAUAAUACAUAUCAUCAAUGAGGUGAAUGAUGUUUGAGCAGUGACCGGCUUGGCAACUGGAGCUGAUCUCCAUUGUUGCUCAAGUACCACCAUUUGUAUGGAGCCAGUUUUGAUUUAUUAAUAUGAAUACUCUGUUAUAUAUAGUAAACUUUAUAAAAUAUUUCAUUAAAAA